AUGGAGUCCAAAGAUCUGCGCGAACUGGCCGAAAGCCUGCGCCACGCGCGCCUCAACCGAACACCGAUUGCCCCUCCUGCUAAGACAUAUCCCAAACUUGACGAGCACGGCGCCUUCGAGGUCCAAAAAAUCAGUGUUGACCUGGCUGUGGCAAACGGCGACCGCCUGGUGGGCUACAAGCUCGGAAACAUCGCCAAGGCCAUGCAGGACGCAUUCGGCCUCGACAAGCCAGACCACGGAUUCCUGCUUGCUAGUACGUUCUUAUACGAAGGCACCAAGAUCUCGUUGUCAGACUUCGUUGCGCCUUUCGUGGAGCUCGAGCCAGCCUUCGUCCUGAAAGGCUCGCUGAAAGGGCCCAAUGUCACGGCCGCAGAUGUCAUCAGCGCAAUCGACUACGCCAUCCCAGCCAUCGAGAUCAUCGACUCACGCGUGAAGGACUGGGAGAUCGGACUCGAGGACACGCUUGCUGACAACGGCUCAACGGGUGCGGUGAUUCUCGGCGGGACGCCCCGCCGCCUUACCGACCUGUACCUCAGCGAUAUGCGAGGCUACCUGAAGUUCAACGGAGAAGAGAUCAUGGCAGGGAACACUAAGAAUAUCCUGGGCAACCCGAUCAACGCAGUCGCCUGGCUCGUCAACCGUCUUGCACAGUACGACGUCGAGAUGCUUCCCGGCCAGAUCAUCAUGCCGGGUAGCUGCUUGGAGGCGAUGCGGAUGGAUAAGAAGGGCCACUGGUCUUGCACGUACGAAGGAUGGGGGACGAUUGAUUUCGAUGUCGAGUGA